UAAAGGCGGGAAAUAUCUAUUUACAUCCGUUGCCAUAGUUUCUUCUUGUCAUGCGCGGAUUUGGUCUCGGGUCAACAGACAUCACACGCCUCUACUCAUCAUCUGGGUCUGAGAAGAAAAAAGAACAGCCGAAAACACGGCUUAAACCCGCUGAAAGAAGGCCCUCUGUGGCCCCUAAAGCUGCAACAAUGGCUAAGGACCACCUAUCGAGGGCGCAAAAGAAGCAAACAAGCCCUAAAUCCGAGAUGGAUUAUGAGAUCGAACGUCUAAGAGCUGAGAUUCAACAGGAAAAGCAAAUGAAGGAAAUGCUUGAACAAUCUUCAGAGGAGCUGGACAAGACGAUAGUUGAACUGCAAGGAAAGUUUGAAAUAGCAGGCGACGAAGACAACGAGUGGAAGACAAGAUUCGAGACGCAACAUGAGAUGAACACACAGUUGGAAAAACAGAUAAUUCUUUUGAGAGAUAAGCUGGAGCAAAUGAAGAUCCCUUCUCGUGAGGGAAAACCACACCCGCUACGGACAUACAAUGGACUUACAGAUGCUGAUGUAAAGAAAUUGAUGCGCCAGACAGAACGGGAUAAACUUCAACUUGAGGGCCAACUUCGUGACUUGGAAUGGAGACUGGAUAAUGAAUCCAAGGCAUACCACAAGAUUAGUGAAGAAAGAAAGCAAUACUUCACAGCACUGAAUGAAACUUCUGCUGUCAUUGAUGACACAAAGACCAAGAGAAAGCAUGCAUUGAUUGAAUCACAGCGAAACAGUGAGGAGACCCUUGCAAGAUUUUCACAGGCAACAAUGAGAAAGAUUGACUCCAAUUCAUCGUUUGGCUUGCCGGAUAAUCAACGAAUUAUAGACCCAAAGAAAGGUCCUAUCAAGAAAACGGCUGCUGUUAGGAAACUGCCAAAAAUCCAGGAUAGCGCUUAAAGACACAGGGUACAGCCCUCUAUUUAUCAAUCAUUUAUAAUUUAUAUACAUUCAGACAAGUGAACUGUAGAUAUUUUACUAUCUUAGCUUGUGUAAAUAGACUUUAGGUAGAUCUUACUUUUGUAUCAUUGAAUAUAUUAUAUUUCAACAUCAAUAAAAUAUUUUAGAGGAAUAAA